AUGUCCUUCGGCUUCAGCGUCGGCGACAUCCUAGCCGGCGCAGGCUUGGCAUACAGGAUCUACGAAGCCCUCUCCGAGACAAAGGGCGCAUCAAAAGCGUACCAACGGCUUUCGACGGACCUUCUCGUUGUCCAUAAAGUCUUACUACAGGUCGGUGAGCUUCAGGUGUCGAAUCAGCUCGCGCAGUCAACGCUGAACGGGGUCCUGUUUCUCACGACGGGGAUCAACGAAGCCAUGGAGAGUUUCAUGCUCGAGCUCGACCGGUAUCGGGAGAGUCUGGCAAUGAAAGGUGGAUCGAGGAGCUUGCUUAAGGAUACAUUCUACAAGGGGAAAUGGACUAUUAGGAUGCCUGAUGAGGCUGACAAGCUGCACACGACGCUUCAAACGAAUCUGAUCUCGUUGAGUAUUCUUGUCCAACUUGCUUGCUACUUCAACACGGGAUAUGAUUCCGGACUAUCUGCAACACUCCAGCCAUGCGCCCCCCAUGGCCAAGCCACUGGGUUUCCCGACAUAAAUACCAACGCCUUGAUCAGCGCCGAGAUGGCACGCACUAGGAGCCCAGACUUCAAAACGGCAUCACAGCCGGCGGAAUUCUUCCGCCCGGGCCAGGUCUUCUCCGUCAGGAUCACGACGCGUCUCGACAAGGACAGCGAGUCAUCAACCCAGCCGGUUCCGUGGCUCGAUUUGCCAUUGGGUUCCGCAUCUGAUUUCAGGGAGAGGCAGCGCUUGCGCGAUCGUCGACGGCAGGAGCGAUUGGAGCAGAUUCUCCAACUGCCGCUGGCUGGGAUAUUCAAGUACGCCGCCCUCGAGGCUGAUGGCCAGCAGGUGAGGUGCAAUAUUUGCAGGGAUCAGCGCCACGAAGACCGUAAGUAUGGAAAGGAGGAGUGGGUGGCUGAACACUUUCGGAUGUGCCAUUUCCAGACAUAUCAGGCGCUGGCAACGACAACGACCGCAGGUGACCACAAUAGCCACAGCAGCACAACCGAGAGGAUACCUUUGUCCUUGGAUAAUAUCAAAAAGCCUGAACCAAUCUUCUCAGACAAGGAAAUCGUUCAGAGCCUGGAUCCUGAUGGCGACCCACCAAGCAAUGCAUAUAGCCCCUGGACGGGUGUCAUCAUGAUCCGCCGCUUUGUCGUCGUCCGACAGGGCACGUGUUCCAGCCUUUGUUUAGGUAUUCAUACAUAUGCCGGAACCGGCUGCGCCUACCAGCCCGACCAAUCCCUCUUUGGAAUCCUGCACUCAUCAAAAGAGAUUCCACCACCACUACACAAAGAAGCUGGCAUGCGCAUGAUGAUGCCCGUCCGCCUGAAGGCAGACCACCCGUCCAAGACGCUACCCAGCACCGCGCGAAUCCACUACGGCCGUCUGUACGAAGUAGAACACGACGUGCAACUGAAGAGCAUUGGACUGAUCCAUGAUUCAUCUAUGGAGACGCUCUUGAAACAGUUCAAUGGCUCUUAUACCCGCAGAGGGGUUCAGACCGGGGUCAAGGUACCCGCAGGGGGGGACCAGGUACCGGAGUCUGGUACAGACUCGACCGUUUCUCCGGCGGACGUUGAGCUCGUGUGCAGUAUUAGGAAUGAUGUGAACAGGAUUUUGGGGAAGGAUGGCUUGCUCGAAAAGCGGGCGCCGAAAUUUUCUGUUGAGAGGUUUUCCGAGAUUUCUGCUUGA